CGAUUUAGUCGAAUUUAUUUGAUAUAUCGAUACUUAAAAAGUGCAGUUCUCAUGGAAGAACUUGUGAGAAUUUACACCUAUGUGUCUCCCUCUGGUGUGAUAUUGAGAAAGUACCAUCACGCUUGGAAUGUCCAACUGUUUCCGGCUGCGAAAAGAGUUAUGUAGACUUUUCAUUUGAAAGUGUAGAUUUCACGACAUUCUCCUGUAGUUAUCGAUAAAGUUAUUGUAAAUAUUGUAAAGUUCGAACAAAAGUGGACAUGCAUGUAUUCUUUGUUGGUUAUACGGGGAUGUAAUUGGUGAAAGCAAGUCAGCAAAAAUAUGUGCACGAAUAGUGACGUGUUCCCAUCUUGACAAUUCCAGGAAUAUAAAUAAAGUUCAUAAUGUGGGGUAUGUCAGAAGAACCACCAGGAUCGAAGGAAGCAGAAGAGUCCGAAGCUGUGAAAGAGGAAGAAGGAAUGUGCGAAGCAAGUAAAAGUCAAGUGGAAUCUUUUAAAGAAGUUAUGUUGAAAAAUAAGCCAACUUUGAAAAAGGAAGAGGAGGUUCAGGAAUAUGCUAGAAGACUUUCAAAAAUUAAAUCUAGAGCCAAAUUAUCUCGUCGAAAUAAAGAGGGAAAUUCAUCUAAAGACAAAUCGCGUACAUUAGAUGUAGCUUCGGCUGACACAUCUGAAAUAACUAUAGAUGAUAUUAGCCAAGCAAAAACUGCGAAAGCAAAGUCUACUUUACUCCAAAGAAAAUUAGCAGAGGAUAGAAAAGUAUUUGAGCAACGUACCAAGGAAAGAACUGAAACUAAACGUGCAGUAGAAGAAAAGGUAGAAGCCAUUAGGCAACAAUUGGAAGAAAAAGAUGUACCUAGGCCUGACGUGAUGAUAAUGGGUUUACAAACAGAUCAGCUAUCCAUUACACCUAUUAAACCAGUCAUGAUUACAUCAGAAGUCAUGUCGCCGAUACAAAUCGAAAAUAUUCGAGAGAAAGAAAGCAAAAUUUCGGAACUUAACGAUAGAAUUUUAGAAUUAGAGGCCACUGUCGUUGAUCUUCAAGAAAAUUUGAAAGAAAAAGACUCUGUCAUCGAAUCGAAGACAAAGGCAGUCACGCUUAUGUCCGCGGACCUUUCCAAAAAAGGUAAAACGACGUUAGACACCCUCGAAGAUACGAAAGAUGAAAUGCGAACCAUGCAAGAGCAUUUUGUACUUUUAGAAACAUCAUUAAAGAAUAAGAACGAAAAUCUCUUAAUGCAAUUACAAGAAAGAGAUAACAAAUUAAUGGAAUUAGAAGAAAUAAUUAAACGGUUCGAGCAACAGGCUAACGAGCAAAAAUUGUCCGAAUCGGCUAGUGCUGACUUUUCUCGUAAUACAAUGGAUACUUUAGUGGAGACUAAAGAAGCCAUGAAAUCGAUGCAGGAAAAUUUUGUGCUUAUAGAAUCUUCCCUGAAAGCAAAGAAUGACAAUCUUCUUCAACAAUUGCAAGAUUACGAAUUAAAACUAGCGGAAGCUAACGAACGAGUAUUUAAACUAGAAUCUGGUUUCGGAAUAGAAAGAGAUCCAACGAUCGAAGAUUUGCAAUUUAAAUUAGAAAAAUUAGAAAGCAGUAAUAAGCAAUUACAAGAUGAGAAGUAUGAAUUGCAAAAAAGUGUUGCUGAUCUUCAAGAUAAAAUUGUAAAUGUGUCCGUGCACGGUAACGGAGCAGUAAUGGAAAAGGAUAAUAGAAUAGUCGAACUUGAAAACUUGAUAGAGGAAUUAAAGCAAUCUAAUACGCUUCUCGAGGAAGAAUCUAAAGUAGAAUUACAAAAACAAUUAGCAGAUUUAACAUCGAAAAAUGAAGAGUAUACAAACAAAAUAACCGAUUUUGAAAAUUUGGUACACAAACUUGAAGAACAGAAAAGUGAUAUCGCGUCUAGAUUACCAGAUGAAAGUACCGUUAAAGAAGACGAAAAAGUGGCGAAACUCUCCAAGGAAUUAGAAGAUUUAAACAAGAGUAUGAUCAAAAUUAAAGCUCAACAUAGAAGCAAAGUAAAAAACUUACAAAAACAAUUGGAGAAUUUCAAAAUGGUGUCCGACACAAAUGCGGAACUUGUCAGACUGGCGAAUCAAGUGGCGUUAUUAGAGGAGGAGAAAGGUAACCUUCAGCUGAGUCUGGUAGACUUUGACGAGCUUAAAGCCUCAGCAGGAGACUGGCAAGAACGCAUUGUCGACCUCGAAAGUAAAGUUUCUGUUCAAGCGGAAGAAAUUCAAAUGCAAAUUGAAGCCAUUGCCGCUUUGGAGAAUCAAAAAUUGGAUCUAAUUCAAGAACUUCACGCAGCAAAACAGGAAAUAUCAUCGUUAGAAGUGGAAAAUGCAGAAUCUGAGAAUCUCCGAGUAACGGCGGAAAUGAAAGUCGUUAAUUUAGAAGAACAAUUAGAAGCUGUCCAUAAAUUGAAGAAUGAAAGUAAAUUAGAACCUUCGUCAGGAGCUAAUGAAGAAGAACUGAUUAAACGGAUAGAAACUUUAACCCAAGAAAACAGUGAGCUAUAUAAUAGAAUAUCGAAGUUGGAAGAAAAAGGUGCUUCUGAAUCUGGAUCCACCGAGUCGUUUGAAGCCAUACAAGAAUUGGACAAAAGUGAUUUGUUGAAGAAGAUCGAAGAUUUGACACAUAAAAAUAACGAAUUAACCCUUAAAUUGAAUAAAAUAAAUGAAAGAGAAAAUGCCCACGUUGAAUUUACAGAACCGUUCGAAGAAAAUGCUGACUUGACAAUGAAGUCGAGUCAAAUAGAGGAGAAAGGAUCUUCCGACACGGGUUCGACGGAAUCUUUCGAACGUAUUCCGGGUCACAAUGAAAACAUGACGAAAAUCGAGCUCCUUACCCAAGAAAAUCACGAACUAGUAAUUAAGCUUACGAAACUGGAAGAACAGUUGGAAUAUAUAGAAGCAAGUCGAACGACAUCUAGGUUAAGUGAUGAUUUGCAAUCAAAAGUUGAUACUUUGUUAGAAGAAAAUAAUAAUCAAUCCUCGGAAUUGUCUAAACUUAGAACGCAACUAUCGGAACUCACCGAAGAAAAUAGUAAUUUACAAAAACAAAUCGAAGCAUUAACAGUAGAAAUCUCUUCUAUCAAGCCAGAGGAUUCGUUGGAGAGAUCGAAGAGGGAAAUUGAUUUUACAAUGCAAAUCGACGAAUUAAUAGAAGAGAAAACUCUCCUUCAAAAGGAAAUAAAAGAAUUGCGUAACACCUUGGAACAAUCACACGACGUCGCUGCUCAGGAUCUUGAAAUGAUUAACUUGAAAUCGAAAGUAGAAGAAUUGUUGAAAGAAAAGGAAGAACUGAAUCAAGAAAUACAGAAACAUCACGAACAAAUUAACACGCUACUAGAAAAAUCUAAUAAAGAAACACCCGAAAUGCCACAGAUGGAUGAAUCUGUGUCCCAUCUGCAUACAGAAUCGAUGAUCGCUACUUCUCUAGAACGCGAAAUAGAAGAAUAUAAAAGAUUGAUCGCUGAACAAACUGGCCUAAUCGAAGAAAUGAAAAUUAAACUUGCAAAUAAAGAAGAAGAAUUAGAAGAGAAAAGUAAGCAGAUCGUAGAAUUCGAAGCAUUCGAAGAAAAAUUUAAGAGGUUAAAAAAUGAAUUGAAAGAAAUGGAGGAAAAAUUAGAGAAAUUAUUGGUAGAAAAAACUUCUAUCGAAGAAGGAUUCAAGGUUUUACAAAAUGAAAAUCAAUUGUUGCUUGAAGAGAAGAAAGACAAAGAGACAGAAAAUAAUUUAUUGAAGCAACAAAUGCAAGGUAUAGCUUUAUAUGAAUCGAAAAUCCAAGAACAGCUUACAGCGAUAUCCGAAAAAGAAAAUGAAAUCGCUAUGUUAAAAGAUAUCGUUGAAGAAAAGGAUCAAGAACUGCACGCAAAGUAUACGGAAUUACAAAAUAAAAUGAUUACAAUAGACAGUUUGCAAGACGAGUUUAAUAAUUGUAAAAUGUUAGUUGAAGAAAAAGAUGCUUCGCUUACGUCGAUGUCUAGCGAAGUUGCAAAUCUUAAUGAUAUAAUAAGGAGUAAAGAAGAAGAAAUAUAUUUUUUACAAAAACAUAUUGCAGAAUUAAACGACAAAGUAAAGGAAUCAAAACCUUUGAAAGAGUAUAACGAACUAUUGGAACGACUAAAAAGUAGGGAUAUGAGUUUAGAUGAAAUUCAGUAUAACAUCAACGCGACCACGAAAGAGAACAGGAAUUUAUUAGAAAGAGUCAAGAAUCUGUCUCAGCAGAACGAUGAUAUUCAAAAUCAAUUAGCAGAAAAGCAACAGGAACUUGACGAUUUAAUUGCGACAAAAGAACACUUGGAUGCACAAAUUGUAGAAUCUAAAAAUGAUAAAGCUGAAGCCGAAAGAAAAGCUUGGGAAUUGCAGAAUAUUAUAGAUACCAAUGCUAAAUUUGUCGAAGAUUUGCAAACGGAAUUGAGGACUGGAUACAAACAAAUAGAACAACUUAAAGUGAAGCAUAUGGAAGAUAUGGAAUUACAAAAUCAAAGACUCGAAAGUCUAAUCGAAGAACUGAAUUUCAAGACGCAGGAAUGUGAAACAUUAAAAGCCGAAUUACAAGAAAAAGAGAGACUGAUCGGAGAAAACGUGACGGAAGAGGUUAAAGUUGCUUUGGAGUCUAAGAUUACUGAUUUGGAUCAGAAAUUGAAAGAUUCUGAAGAUAAAAUACAAAUGCAAUUAGAAAAGAUGAAGAAAAUAGCAGCAAAUCUAAAGAAGAAAACAGCAGUAUGCCAGGAACUCGAGACAAGGGUCACUGAACUUGAAGAGAAAUGGAUGACUGAAAAGGACGAGAAGGAAGCUAAAAACAAACAAAUUCAGGAUGUAGAAAUUUCGAUGCGCGAGAAGGAUAAUAAAAUUGCAGAUUUAGAAGAAAAGUUAAUACAGGCCAGAGACGAGACUGCAGAAUCUAUUAAGAACAUCGCUGAGCUCGUAAGCGAGUUGAACAGUACAAAAGAGAAGAUGUCUUUGCAUGCGCAACAAAUUACAGAAAUGGGAGCGGAAAUUGUAAGGCUAGGGGCAGAGCUGGAUCUUGCAAAAUCUAAGCUUGACGUAGAAAAAGGAGAUAAAGAAGCUAUCUUGUCGGAAUAUGAAAGUUAUAAGCAACGAAUUGCCGAAGAAAAUGAACAUAAACAAUUAGAACUAGACGAAGUGAAGGAAAAAGCGAGAGAACUUGGUGUACGAAUGCAAGUUAUGGAGGCAGAGUAUGUCGAACAGCUUGCAACAAUAGAGAAUCUUAGAGCUGAGAGUGGUUUAUUGUUAUCAAAGCAAACACAAAUCAAUGAGAAGUUAGAAAAUGCAGAAAAGGAAUCGGAGGAACGAAGAGUGUUAAUCGAACAGAUGCAAAAGGAAGUUGUUACUAACGUGACUGAGACUACGCAAACUCCAGAAGAAGAAAUUACCGAUGAUUAUAUGAAGAGUAUUGGAGUACAACAUUGCAGUCAUUGCGAGCAAUGUCAAACGCUGGUGCAAGCACUGGAGGCAAAAUUACAGGAGCGAGAGGCAGAAAUCGAGAAUUUAGACAACGAGUUAGCUAAUUCGAUUGGCAAUUUCGUACAAAUGCGGGAGUCUCUUAGGUUCAACGAUGUGAUGAAUCAGACUAGUAUGAGGGAUAGAGCAUUAGAAGAUCCUUACAACGAACUUUUAUUCAAGUAUAACACAUUGACAGCGAGUUACGAAGAAAUAAAAACAAAAUUAGACCAGUUGUUAAAGGAAAAUAAAGAGUUAGUGGACACGGUUGAAGGUUUACGAACUGCGAAUGCUACUUUAGAAGAAAAACUUGGUGCCACGGAUCAAACCUUGGAAGAAAAUCAACAAAUCGCGGAAAGGUUACAGAGCGUUGAUUCCUCAAAUUCCGAUUUGGUCAAGAAAUGCGAGGAUCGCGAAACGGAAUUGUUGAACGUGCAAAAAGAAAUGCAAGUUGUUCAGGAACGUGCAAAUCAACUGGAGGAACAAUUAAAUUCCCAGAUAGCUCUAUUUAAAUCCGAAGAGGAACAACGAAUAGAAAUAGAAAAAUUGUUACAAGAUAUGAAAAGCAGGUUUGAGCAAGAAAUCGAGUCCUUAAAAACCGAAAGGAAUGACAAUCGGAAAGCAGUAGAAGACUUGAAGUGUGAGUUAGAGACAUACAAAAAUCAGAAGAGUACAGAAAGUACAGAAGAAUCUGUAGAUAAAUCAACGAUAGUUAAGAGAGAAGCACCUAUGUUUGACUUCCCACAAACCGAACAAGAUAACGUGCCUCAGUUGUUCGAUGCAUCCAAAGUUUUUGGUACAUUAUCUAGUUCUGAUUCAGAUCCGUUGAGCGAUAUACAAGUGAAGAGAUUGCAGACCUUGUUGGAUGAAAAAGAAGCACAGUGUUUUAAUCUUACUCAAGAAAUCGAUCACUUACAGAAAAUAAUGGUCGAAGAAAGAUUGCAGGUAUCGCAAAACUACAGUCAACGAGUAGAAGAAUUAGAAAUAUCCCAGAAAGAGUUGCAUGCAGCGCGAGAACAUUUGGAAAAACUGGAGCAAGUUUUAAUGGAGAAGGAUAGGCAGAUUGAUUCUUUGAAUGCAGAGCUACAUAAUUUCAGCCUACGAAUGAUGGAACAACAGAACGAUACAGACAAUAAAUUCAAGGAGUUAUCGUUAGCUAGAGACGAUCAAAUACAAGAAUUAGGGACAAGUUUGAAUGCAACGAAAGAAGCAUUGGAAAAGCUAGUUCUUGAACGAGACCAACAAAACGUCUUGUUGGACACGUACAAAUCGCGAAUCAUCAAUUUGGAAGCAGAAUUGAAAAAUUCAACGGAUCCUGAAUUGGUACAAGACUUGGAGCAUCGCACUUUGAAUAUCACGAAAGAGAGAGAUUUGUUGCAGUUGCAGGUGAACGAUUUGUCCAGAUCGUUGGAGGAGAUGAAGGAGUCGAUCGAGGUUGGAAGAAAUUUACGUAUGGAGAUCGAGAAAGUUGCGCGUGAAAGGGACGAAGCGAAAGAGCUCGUCGCGAAUCUCACGCGAGGUUUGGAGGAGGCUUAUAAAAAUUCUGAUAAAACAUCUAGUGUUACAGAUACAUCUACCAAAGAAUCAACGCCUUUGGAAGAAUCCACGGUUGCACAAGUCGAACCAAGCACCUCAAAAACCUCGGACACAGGAGCUGAAUCCACGUGGGACGUGGGCUGCACUGAAAAAUUCAACGUCGACGAAGAAGCCUGGGAUUGGACUGCGGAUACUGCACAGUUGACUGGCGAACUUACCACCACGAUAGUCCCUAGCACGGAAAUGCAGUUGCGAGCAAAGGUGGGCGACCUCGAAGACCAGAUUAAAGAAUUGGAGAAUGAAAAGGAGAGGUUACUCGUGGAAAACCGAACCGCUCAACUGAGAAGCGCAAAGAUGAUCAAGAAACUGAAAGAGUACAAGGUGCAGGUGGAGAGUCUUCAGCAACAGCUGAAGAUACAGAAAUCCGCCAGCGACUUCUACGAACUCGACUCAGCUAUAGAGGAAGAAUUGAAGUCUCAAAUCAACAAAUUGGAGAAGGCGUUGAACGAAGUCAAGGAAGAGCAAAAAACCGCUGUCGCCGAGAAGGAGGCUUUAACGAAACGCUUGGACGUUCUUGUUUCCGCGAACGAAAGGUACUUGGAGAUGAAAGAAAGACAGGACAUGGAUAUGGACGUGUUGCGUAUACGAAACAAAGAGCUGUCCGAUAAAGUCGAGGCUCUGGAUAAACGACUGCAAGAAGUAGGCGACGUUGCUCGAAGCGAAACCGUUGCCCCGAAAGAAGAAGCGAAACCGAUCGAACACGAUCGUCUUCAGAAAAGAUCCGCCCAGGGAGAAGACCUGGAGAACCUAUGCAAGAAGUACAAGGACGAAAUCGAUGAUCUCAAGGACGAAAUGGAAGCCCUGGCAACAGAGAACGAACAGCUGCAGCACUAUUUAGAGGAGCAGAAGGUGAAAUUAUCCACCUUCGAGUCGAAACGAACAGCGGACGAAAACGAAUCAAUCCAGAUCGUCGACGAUCUGAACAAAAAGAUUUCAGAAUUGCAAGAGAUGUUGAGCAAAUCCAGAGAUGAGUACGAGUCGCUGAGGAAGCAGUACGAGCAGAGCCUGAUGGACGCCAACGAUCAAGUGUCUGCAAUGAGGCAGAACACGGAUUACCUGAAGGAAGAGGCGUUCGAGAGGACCAAUAGAUUGGAGAAGGAAGUAGCCGAUUUGCGUCAGCAGCUCGAUGUGUCCUCGAUGACCGCAAACGAAUCGCAAAUGAAAUUGGAGAAAGUUCUUGGAGAAAAAGCGGCUCUAGAAGGGAAGCUGACAGAGUUGACGUCUACUUCGGAGAAAGAAUUGUCCACGAUUGGUGCAUCGAUGGCAGAGGUAACCGAACUCUUGCACGUUAGGAUACAGGAAGUUGCCGAAUUGAAACAGGAACUUCAGAGGCAAUACGUGGCUCACGAAGAAUCGAUGGCGCAAUUUCAGAACACUGUACAGCAGCUGAGCAACGAAGCGACCGAAAAGCAGCAAGAGGUAGAGAGUUUGAAGAGAUCUCUCAGCGACAAGGAAAACGAGUUAGCUCGACAGCAGAGCACGGAGACUGUCGAUGCUCUUAUCAACCAAGCGACUCAAGAACUUACGCAGAGGCAAGCGAUGGAGAUGGAAGAGAAGGAGAAAGAGGUGAAGCAACUGAACGAGAAAAUGUCUGCGUUGGAAGUGGCGAUAAACGAGUAUCUAAUAGAGAAACAAAACAAUGCUGGACAGUUCGAUGCUCAGCAACAGGAACUAGAGCAACUGAAGCAGAAUUUGGUGGAAAAAGAAUCAGCCCUGGUGUUCUUUCAGUCGAACUUAGACUCGAUGAGAGAACAGUUGACUGGAAAAGAAUUGCAGGUAUCGGAGAACGAGGAAACGAUUACGAAACUCUCAGCAGAGAAUCGGGGGUAUAUGGAAGCGAUCGGUGAAUUACAGAAACGUUUGGGCGAGCUAGAAGCAACCUCCACUCAUUUACCCGAAUUUGCUUCGCGUGUUCAAAGUUUGGAGCAAGAGCUUCAAUACGCAAGGAUCUGUCUGGCAGAGAAGGAAUCGGUUCUGGAACGAUACGCGCAGGAAUCCAUGGAGUAUAAAGUAAGGUUGGAGAACAGCAACACUGAAAUUACCCAGCUUUACGGAAAGUUAGAGAAAAUUGACGCAGUAAAGAACGAGUUGCAGAAAAAGACUGAACAGGUGGACCGUUUAAGUUCGGAGUUGGAAGCCACUGGUAAAGUACUCGAAGAGACUCGACAGAGUUUGAACGAGAAGGUGUCCUUGUUGGAGAGGACCAAUCAAAUGCUGAACGAGAAACAAAUGGAAUUGGACAGGUUGUCGACCGUUCAGCAAGCUGAACAUCAACGCGGUGCCUCUAAUAUAGUUGACGGUUUACCUCUUUUCAAAAUGCCGGGCGAUGAUCAGGAUCUGCAGCAUACGAUAGAUUCCAUGCGGGCCGAUUUAGACAAGAAGCAAGAGGAAAUCGACCAUCUGAAAUAUAUUUUGAACGAGAACACGUAUCCCAGUAUAAUUCAGGAGAUGCAAGACAGGAUCAAUUGCUUGUACAACGAAAAAGCCGAGUUGGAGUCUUCCCUGGAAGUGGCCACGUUGAGAGCCGAGGAGAAGGAGAAGCAAAUCGAUGGUUUGAAACAGCAAAUCGAGACUCAGAGCCAGGAGUUGGGAAUUUCCAAAGAGGAAUCGAUUUCUCUUUCCAGGGAGAGAAGAUCCGUUCAAGAUCAGGAGGAGAUCGUCAAACUACAGAACGAGUUGCAUGCUAAAGAGCAAGAAAUCAACGAUUUGAGGUAUGUGAUAGCCGAGAAAGAUUCUCAGUUGUCCCUUCAAGCGAGCAUGGAACCUCAGUCGGACGAUUUCGAGCUGCGUGAAAUGGUUCAGAGACUGACCACCGAGUUGUACGCUAAAGAGCAGGAGAUUCAGCGCUUGAACUCGAGCAUCGCGGAAUUGCAGAGGGAGGUGUCGCGUCUCCAGGGAUUCGAGAGGCUUUCGAACGAGACCAGGGACGCCAUACAUAGGCUUAACCUGGAGAAAGAACAGGUUCGAUUGGAAGCGCAAGAAUUCCUGGAAGCGAAGCUGAAGGAAAAGGAGACGGAAAUCGACGAGAUAAAGCAGAGGCUGUCCAUGGAGAACAGAAGCAUCAUGGAUGAAUUGCAGUUGAGGGACAGGGACAUCGAGAAUCUGAGAAUACAGUUAGCGGAGUCUUCCAAGAUGGAACAAACGGUAAAGGAUAAGUUACACGAGAAGGAAGAGGAGUUUGUACGAGUGAACGCUGACUUGGCGGAGAAGGAACGUAGAUUGGCUGAGUUGAGUAUUACCAAGGACGCCGAGCUCCACAAUCUCAAGGUUCAAAUUCACGAGAGGGAAGUUCGCAUAGAGGAGCUUCUGGCACUUUCGGACGAAGAAGAAAAACAGCUGAAUGAGUUAAAAAAUAACUUGGAGGCCAGGGAGAUGGAAAUCAAUUCGUUGAAGACUCUUCUGGAGGAUAAAGUGAAGGAGUACGAAUUGAUACAGAGUGUACUGAAGAAAGACGUCUCUCUUAUGGGCACGGUUGCAUCUGGAAGCAUGGAAAGUUCUGGCGAUGAGAACAAAGCGUCACCAGCUCAAGAAUUGGACCUUGCUUUAUACAUGCUUCAUCAACGGGACGUACGGUGCGAAGAAUUGACGCUUGAGUUGAUGCAACUGCUCGAAGAACGAGAUACGUUGCAGUUGCGACUCUCUAACGCGAUCAGAGUGAACGAAGAGUUGAGGAAAGUUGGGAGUUCUAACAGCCCUAAGCACGAGGUCUCUACUUCCAGGAGUGAGGAACCACUCGUAGAACAUCCUUCUCCUUCGAAGUCAGAGGGACCUGUGGAAAUAGCUAGGGAAGCCAUUGAUUCUCCUAUCGGUGAAGACAAGGAGACUCUUGCUCAGAAGCUGUCGCAGUUGCAUACGGUGAGCCAUACAAAAGAUGUAAGAUUGAGGGAUGAACGGGAGUUGAGGCAUACACAACAAAUGUCUUUGCUAGCACACAGAGACGUCCUAAGUACCUUACCUCCUGAAGCAGCUGCCAGGCUCGUCAAUGCAAAUUAUACACUUUCUAGGGAUGUUCAGAGUCAAUCGAGCGUCUUAUUGAAUUGGCUGUGGGGAAAAAGGACUUCUUCGGUAGAUUCUUCUACGCAAAAAGAAUGCGUCACGCCAAAGGUCGUGCACAUGUGAUGGGACACUAUUGACAUUGAGGUGGACACCAUCCUUGCCUUCUGGAUACAUUCCUGCCAAGUGCCAACUGCCAAGACUAUUCCUGUAAUUACACUAGACCGAAGAAGAUGAACGGGAUUACUGUUUAAUAAAAGUUUCGGCUAGCUUGUCGUCGUUGUAAGUGCGUCAUACUUGUGAAAAGUUUCACGCAUCUUGCUUCGUCCAGGGGUUUAAAGAUGUCUGUAUUUUUGAUGUGACACUUUUGAGCGGUGGUAACGGAGUCGUGCUUUCCAAGGCUUCUAAAUAAAAAGUCCUCCUUCUCUUCGGCGCAGAAGAGACUGCGAGGAGAAGACUUAAACUGUAUUAUAAUCGUUGUAUAGUCAUCGUGCUUAGGUACACUGCGAACGAAACAUUGCCUUGGAGAAAUGUGUAUAUUUCAGUUAUUUUAUUAGCUACGAAACUGUUAAUAAAGUAAGAUGUUCCUCGAGUAUCGUUCGAUAUUCAACGGAAGUAUGUUUGUUCCGACGAUUAUACUUUGUUAAACAUGUGUUUGUGUAAAUUGUUUAAGACUCGCCCAGUCAUCCAUUAAGAACAUUUUCAAAUGUGGCCUGCUGAGUGAAAACGAGAGAUUCGAAUAAAACUUUGACGAGUUACGCAUCGAUCGACGUACAAUGUUAAUUAUUUCAUAUUUUGCCCAUUAAUGGAAUGGUCUCGCAAUUAUCUGUUGCUUUUUAACGAUGUUGAUUGGAACUUUCUAUUUCCGUGAAAUUUUGUACAGAAAAAAGAAUGCGUCGGCGAAUAAAUAAAUCAUAAGACGAAGUAUUUGUUCA